CUAACAGCACAAGACCGACUCUUUUCACGUGUGCGCUCUUACACGCUCGUAUAAUUUCCUAUAAGACGCGCGUCUGCUAUUGUCCCCACCCAUCCAGCCUCUUCCCUGCAUCACACAAUUAGCCAGCAGGCUGGAGAGAGCUCCGCCUACAUGUAGAGAAAAACAUGGACAAUAAAGAACAGCCAGCUCGGAUGCUGAGCGGACUGAAAGCACGGCCAUCAGUCAUAUAACACGGAUACGCCGAAUCGAGACGGCACGCAGACUGGAAAGAGCCCGGAUGGAACCAUCGCUCCGCAUCGUUGCUCCCGGUCCACAAGGAAGAAUAACACAGCGCAGGAGUGAGCUUUGAGCACGGAACGAGAGCGAACAUACUGCGCAGGAGAGUCGCGGGAGACAAGGGUGACGAUGCUGCCUCGCUGUGUGACAGUUUAACGAUCAAGGGCCACCAUCAUAAUCUGUAAAAUCAGCGCUCGAUAUAGAUCCGCUUGGAACAAGGCGAGGCACAGAUCCUACCAACGGUUUUAUGUUUUCAAAUCGAAAUAUCGGAAGUCGGUUUUUGUUCAUGGUUACCAAUUGCGACUGAGGAUAUUGAGAGGCGUGUUAUGUUUAUGGGACGAUAUCACCCAAAAUUAAUUACUCGCAAACACAUAUUUUCUGAAGCACUAGAAGACCCUAAACACCGAGGUAAAGUAAAGCGCGAUUUUUUCUGUUUAAGCGAGACCUCUGUUUUUGCACCAAUUAAAUAUAGCAAGUUCAUUCACGAGAGACCUUUGAGAGACAUUUGUUGACAGUCACAAACCUAAACAAUUUCUUUAUAGGGAAAGAUCCCGAACAAAUUCAGUUCAGCGAACGCCUGAACAUAUCUUCGACACAGAACGAUCACUACCGUUUCAUAUACAUACGGUAACGCGUUCACGGAAAAGUGCUAGUAUCAGUUGUGUUAUAUUCAGAUUCAUACAGCAAACAACCAGAACACAUACUCAGCCACUGGUUAUCACCAGUUGUGUUUUAUCUGGAAGAAAUUAUCGUUUACAUCACCUUAACCCUGUCCGAUAUCUGUCGGUGGUACAUGUACAGUGAAUAAAACUUUGUAUAAUUUGUGUUCAGCGCGUUGCAUUAUCUCAAAUACAUUGCGUCACAUAAUAUAACAGAAUAUUAAGCUUACUGCAGAAAUGCAACGAUCAUUAUGCGCAAUCAUGUAACUGUAGACUUUGGUGAAGUUGUACAGCAAUAACCUGGCGUGUUACAUAAAAUGCCGCAGAUAGUGUAUUUUUAGACAGCGGCCACGUUGUCCUGGAGUUCUGGCGUUGCUUAAGCCGGGUUAAUUUUGAUGGAGGAAGGAAGACAACAGACAUACCGAGAAGCUUUGCAAAAAGAAAAGUCGCCGCGACACCGUUAACACCUCAGUUCACCUAUAGACGGGCGAGGAGCUAGUCAGCGCUGGGAGGCUGUGAACUGUUGAGGGUCGCUUCUGUGGGACGAAAAGGUUCGCGAUGGCCAGGCUACGCAAGAAAGCAUGUGUCGCGCUGUUUCUCUUCACGCUCUUCAUUUUUGGUACAAUGAUGGGGUUACGAACACUGAAACCCAGCGACGGCUUCUCUGACCUGGCCCCCGGACUGGACAUCAUGCCCAUGGUGGGCGAGAGGGUGGACCGGCGUUCGGUGUCAAACAACGUGGUCGUGUCGCCGGGUCAAGCCCAUGCGGCUAGCAACACCAAAGUGGUCCUCUCCAAUUCCGGCCCGGACAAGAGCAUAUUCUACGAUGUGCACAUAUUUUAUUACGUGUGGUACGGCAACCCACAGAUAGACGGGAAAUACAUGCACUGGGACCACGUUCUAGUGCCACACUGGGACCCCAAGAUCGCCGCCAGUUACCCGAAAGGCAGGCACACGCCUCCGGAAGACAUUGGCUCCAGCUUCUACCCCGAACUGGGACCCUACAGCUCGAGGGACCCGGACGUGCUGGAGUCUCAUAUGGAACAGCUCGGAGCUGCGGCUGCAGGAGUUCUGGUGCUGUCCUGGUAUCCCCCGGGCCUGGCGGAUGACAAUGGAGAGCCGACAGAGGACCUGGUUCCUGCCAUUUUGGACGCUGCCCACAGGCACAGCAUCAAGGUGGCCUUUCACAUUCAGCCCUACAAAGGACGGACUGACCACAGCGUGCACGACAACAUCAAAUACAUCAUCGACAAGUACGGGAAACACGGGGCCUUCUACAGAUUCAAGACCAGUACUGGGAAGGUUCUGCCGCUGUUCUACAUCUACGACUCCUACCUGACGCCCCCCGAGGCCUGGUCAGACCUGCUGACCCCUGCGGGGUCCCACACUCUGCGGGGAACGCCGUACGACGGGGUCUUCAUCGCCCUCAUCGUGGAGGAGCGGCACAAGCACGACAUCCUGGCAGGCGGCUUCGACGGCAUGUACACCUACUUCGCCUCCAACGGCUUCUCCUUCGGCUCCUCGCACCAGAACUGGAAGGCCAUCAAAGCCUUCUGCGACGGCAACAACCUGCUGUUCGUGCCGAGCGCCGGGCCCGGCUACAUCGACACCAGCGUGCGGCCCUGGAACAACCACAAUACCCGCAACCGGGUCAACGGCCGCUACUACGAGACCGCCCUGCAGGCGGCGCUCACGGUGCGGCCUGAGAUCGUCACCAUCACCUCCUUCAACGAGUGGCACGAGGGCACGCAGAUUGAGAGGGCGGUGCCGAAGAAGACCGUCACCCGCCUCUACCUGGACUACCAGCCCCACAAUCCCGACCUCUACCUGGAGCUCACCCGCAAGUGGGCGGAGCAGUUCAACAAGGAGAAGGAACAGUGGCUGAUGUGAGGCGCCGCACUGCAUUGUGGGUGAAGCGGGUGCCCUGUGCGUAUGUGUCCUCCGAGCCUCCACCGUGAGCGGCACAGAGCUGAGAUUUGAAGCUUGAGAAGUCUCUUUUUGAAGGACUUUCCUUGGUGCGGGGGAUGGCCCACCAUGGGCGACUGGAGUUAGUCACGGGAACACCUCAGGCGUGAUUGUGCGCUCUUGAAACUUCUUCCUCGUGUGGACCAAUCAUCAGCUCCAAGUUGAAACGCUUCUCACCCACUCACAUGGUCUCCUGAGCGGCUCGCUUUUUGGUUGCUCUCCAACGCCUGCUUAUGCUAACACCAAACCUCCACUCCACCUAUUACAGCCAUUCAGCAGAGUGAAAUGCAACCUUGCUUUGAGGGACAGGUGACUUCCCUCAUGUACAAUAGCUUUGAAAGCAGUGAAUCGUUGCGAAAAACUGAACAAAAACACAGCAUCUGUUUGUUUUCCUGGAACUGCACCGCAAUUGGAACAAUACUCUUUGUGAUUCAACAGCGUCUGAUUGGUCAGAGAUUACAGGAGAAGGCUGUGCAAGGCUCAGGUGUUCUACUGUGCUGUCUUUCACUGUAUAUACGCUUUGGUUACAGACCAGCAGGUUUUCAACGAAGAAACCUAACCAGUCGCAGUAAACCUCACCCCCCACCUCCUCACACCCAGUUUAUGGAUAAAAAAAAUAAUAUGUGCUGGCAUCUGUGGGUGGGAUAAGUGGUGUAUGGAUGACCCUGAGGAGCACGCCUCCAGCACGGACACGGAAAAGCUUCUGCAAUGCUCAGGGGAUGGCGUAACACGGCAAACUGUGAUUGGCCCUCCUGCUUCGGCACUGCGUACUGUUUAAGGUGCAGUGAAGAGGAAACAUUGCAUACACAUCCAAUCCCAGAGAGAAAAACAUCCACAUAACGUUGAGAUAACGCUGGGAGAAUGCACAGAUCCCCUCGUGCUUUCCCUGGACCACUAGGGCCUAACAAACUUGUCUUAUGUUACCGAAGACGACGAUUUCCUUCAUACUCAUGUCACAUGACAUGGGACAGUCGUGCUUCAUCAACCAUGCUGACUGGAGACAGGGGACGCUGGAAUAAUGUCAAUAUUGCGAAGUUUGAUGGCAAGACUAUAAAUAUUAUACACCCUUUCUUUUAGGGGCCUGUAUGUGUGUAUAUAUAUUCUUAAAAUUGAUGAGG